AUGUCAACGGCCAACGGCUCGGCGCCGAACGGCGCGGCGGCGAAGAAGCCCAACGGGAAGCAGGAGAUCAAGAUCCUCAUGCUUCAUGGAUACACCCAAUCGGGCCCCCUCUUCCGCUCAAAGACCCGCGCCCUCGAGAAGCUCAUCGCAAAGUCCCUGGGCCCCUUCAACAUCGCCCCCACGCUCACCUACCCCACGGGCCCCUCCAAGCUCUCUCCGCGCGACAUCCCCGGCUUCGUCCCGGACGAGUCGGGCGGGGACCAGGACCAGGACAUCGACGCCUGGUCCUGGUGGCGUAAGGACGAGGCCUCGGGCUCCUACCGCUUCCUCGCCGAGGGGGUCUCCGCCGUCGCUGACGCCGUCCGCGAGGCCGGCGGCGAUGUCGACGGCGUGCUGGGCUUCAGCCAGGGCGGCGCCUUCGCCGCCCUGCUGGCCGCCAUGCUCGAGACGCCGCACCGUGACGAGGCGAAAAUCCCCGAGGACCUGCGGUCCGCGGUGCGCGCGCUGCGGGAGGCCAACGGCGGCCGGCCGUUCAAGUUCGCCGUCAUCUACUCGGGCUUCUUCGCGCCGCCCGACGAGCUGCGGUGGGCCUACGAGCCCCGGAUCACGACGCCCACGCUGCACUUCCUCGGCAGCCUCGACACCGUCGUAGAGGAGUCGCGGAGCCGGGGGUUGGUCGACAGGUGCGAGGACCCGUUGGUGGUCGUCCACCCCGGCGGCCACUACGUGCCCAUCACCAAGGAGUGGGCGAUGCCGCUGAUCGGCUUCAUCAAGAAGAUCGCCGAUGAGGAGAAGGCGAAGAGCAACAUCUAA